AUGGCAGUGCCCGACGAAAGCCUGGCCGCGCACGCAGAGCACUUUUGCACGAACGCAAUCACAACAGCACAGUACAGCCUGAUCAACUUUCUGCCAAAGAACCUGUCGCGGCAAUUCAUGCGCGUCGCAAACGUGUACUUCCUGGUGCUGACUAUCCUACAGCUGAUCAGCUACUUCUCGCUGGGCAGCAGGUUUCUGACAGUGGUACCGAUUAUCCUGGUGCUGGCGAUUACGGCAGCCAAGGACGGAUUCGAGGACUGGCGGCGACACAUCUCGGACAGGCACUUCAACGAGACGCCGACGCGGAUUGUGCGGAAUCUGCGCAAUACCAACCUCAAGUGGCAGGACGACCAGGCGCUGAUUGCAGAGGAAAAAUGGUCGCACCGGAUGCGCAUCAGCAUGGCUCGGCGGCUGGAGAAGAAGACGCUGUACAAUCAGAUUCCGCCUGACUGGGAGGAGUCGCAGAACCCUGUGGAUGCCACCCGCCCGCCAGUACUCAACGAGGAGGCCAAAUGGCGCAAUCCGCGCGCAUCUCUAGCAGAGACCGCUGGCGUGCGCGACGCCGAAGGAUGCGGCCGGGUGAAGGCCAUCGUCGAGGUGGACCCGCCCACAUCUGAUAUGACAAAAAUCAACGGGUCAAUUCGCGUGUUCGCGGUGCCUGAGCCUCCUGUAGAGGACGAGUUCCACGCCGCCACCAGCUCCAGUGGCCCGCCAGCCGAGGAAUAUGGAAUGCCCGAGAGCAACUCGUUCGAGAUGCGCCAGCUGAACACUCUGCGCCAAGCCAUGCCGAUGAAGCAUUCGCCGCUGGCCAAGGCGAUUACUAAGCCGGCAACCAUGCAAAGCUACGGCGCCGACGAUGCAAAAGCCGGUGGCGUCGAUGAGGCUGCAGACAACAUGGCGACUGUUGUAAACAAGAAUCCUGCAAGCCUUGGCUGUGUUUUUGGGGGUGAAGUGAUGGCGGGCUUCCGUCAAUGGUCAUCACCAGACCAUUUUGUGCUUAUUAUCUGCAUUGCCUCUUGUCUUGAAAUGGGCAAGUCGCUGCCUGGCACUGCCGAAUACGACGAGCCGCUGCUUGUUCCGUUCUCGAUCAGCAACGUGCUGCUGCGUGGAAUGACAGUGCGUAACACUGACUGGAUCGUGGGUAUCGUGCUGUACACGGGCGAGCAGACAAAGAUUGUGCUGAACUCUGGCCCGACGCCGUACAAGCGCAGUCGCAUCGAGCGCAUGAUGAACAUUCAGGUGUUCCUGUGCUUUGGGUUUGUGUUCGUCAUGUCGUUUGUCGUGGCACUGGUUGGCGGUCUGAAAUAUGCCGAGGCUCCGCACCGCCACAGCAUGUAUGUCGACGACGGCAUGGAUAAGGGCACGUACGGGUUCGCGCUGUUCUGGUCGGCCAUGAUUAUGCUGCAGAACGUCAUCCCUAUCGCCUUGUAUACCAGCGGUGUCAUUGCACGCAACUGGAACAUUUCGGACGACCUCGGCCAAGUGUCGUACAUUUUCAGCGACAAGACCGGCACACUGACGCGCAACGUAAUGGACUUCCGCAUGUGCUCUAUCAACGGCACCAUCUAUGGAAAGCAGCUGCCGGGCGAUGAGCUCGAUGUGGUCAAGGGUCGUAUGGCACAGGAGGAGGUCGACCGGAAUAACCCACCCGAGGGCGGCGCCAACCCGUUCUUCCAGGAGCUACAGGAUGACGAAAUGCGGGAGGACCUGAUCGACCCGAUGCGGCCAAGCACAACCACCAGCAUUAUGUCGCAGGGCACCAGCCAGUACGACAGCUCGCCGCUGAUCUCAACUGCCAGCGGGAUGCCGCAGCAGGCCAACAGUCGGCUGCACAGGCGGUCGCCGCGGAUCCAGCCGGUGAAGCGCAAGCAGAUGAUUGGCGCCUACCUCCAGGCCAUGCGCAACGUGUUUGACCCAAAGUACGUCGAGAUCGGAAACGAGAGCACCGGCGAAGGAGGCUCGUACACGUUUGUCGACCCGCAGAUCUUUUACGACAUGAAGCCUGAGGUGGCCCCGCCCGGCAAGACCAGCCCCGCCCCUGCCGAAAUGCAGGCGCCCCUGAGCCCAACCGCCAACGAGCUGGGCUUGGCGUUCUCGCCGCCGCGCACAGUGCACCGCAUGGGCUCGCGCCGGUCGCUGCGGGGCGGGUUUCGACGUGGACCCGUGGUGGUGGAGAAGAGCUUCCAGAAGCAGGUGGCCAGUGAUGCAAACGACGACAGCACCUCGACGAUCCGCAAGCUGACGCGCAUCUUCCAUAACCGCAGCGGAUCGAAAGAAGAUCACCGACAUGGUGCGGCACCGGCGUCACCGCACACUGGCACUGACGGUGUCGAGUGGGUGGCAUCGGAGAGCGCCUUGGCAGACAUGGGCCACUCGACCAGCAACGGAUCGAACGAUGGAGCCGGCCCCUCAAUGCGGCCCAACAUGUCUGACGGCGGCGACAGCCAGAACGGUCUGGGCUACGCAUCUAUGCCCGGGUCGCGGCUGCGCAUGGGCGACGACGGACAUCCGUCAGGCUCGCCGCCUGACGAGCCCGCCGAGGAGAAGACCGAUCUGAGCAAGAUUGCCUACAGCGCCGAGUCGCCUGAUGAGGGCGCCUUGGUGCGUGCGGCGAAGAACUUUGGUUACACGUUCCUGGGCCGCGUCAAGAAUACCAUCUACCUGGAUAUCCACGGCGAGCGCCAGCAGUACGAGGUUCUGGACACGAUCGAGUUCAAUUCGGCGCGCAAGCGCAUGUCCAACAUCCUGCGCCGUCCACCGCCCUACAACGAUAUCAUCGUAUUUUCCAAGGGUGCCGAUAACGUGAUGAUUGAGCGCUUGGCCAAGCUGCCGGCGGCGACUGACUCGGACAUCCGCCCGUUCGCGUCGCGCGAAGACCUCGCGUUUGAGCGGACUAUGCGUGAGCGCACGUUUACGCAGAUCGACGAGUUUGCCAACGCCGGUCUUCGCACGCUGAUGCUGUGCUACCGCCAUGUGUCUGAAGGAGGAGCGUCGGUAGAGAGCGACCGCGAGGAGCAGAUUGCUAUGGUCGCUGAAGAGAUGGAAAGCGACUUGCUGAUUGCCGGUGCCACGGCUAUCGAAGACAAGCUGCAGGAGAAGGUGCCCGAAACCAUUGCGUCGCUGCGGGCUGCCGGAAUCAAGAUCUGGGUGCUGACCGGCGACAAGAUGGAGACGGCGAUCAACAUCGGCUUUGCCGCUAACCUGCUGACCAAAGAGAUGGAGCUGUGGACCAUCAACAGCUCGUCGGGCCCCGAGAAGGUAGUGUCGCGGUUCAAGCUCAUUGCGCGCAUCAUGAAGCAGACCGCCAUCAACGACCUGGCGUAUGGCAAAUACGCCAUUACGCCGCGUCCCGAGGCGGUGCGCAAGCCCAGCACUGCCAAUGUCCAGCUGCACGCUGCUGAUGCGACAGCGCUGGGAAGCGUCUCGUACAAGAUCGGACGGGCCAAGAAAUUCCUGAAUAUCGGGCAGUCGAUCCGGCGCCAUAGCCGCAACCUGAGCAAGAGCAGCUGGACCCACCGUCGCAGCAAGACCGCCGAGACCGUCACCAGCCAGGCGACCAGCCCGCCGCAGGACCUGCCGCAGAUCACACACGCGCCGGCGUCGAAUGAGCGUGCCGAGUUCCCGCGCCUCAAUGACGACGACGAAAACAACGAGCACUUCAACACGGUGAACUUUGACCUCGGCAAUGCCGGCCCGGAGGAGGACCUGACGCCGGACGAGGUGCAGCAGUCGAUCGAGUUCCUGCGUCGGCAGAGCACCGAGAUUGACGGGCUGCCGCACCACUCGGUCGACGGCACAUCGUACCAUCCGCUGAACGCCCUGGUUAUCGACGGCAAGGCGCUGAGCCAGGUGUUUGCCGACGAAGAGUGCAAGCAGCUGCUGCUGGAGAUUGCGCCGCUGUUCAAGUCGGUUGUGUGCUGCCGCGCCAGCCCGCUGCAGAAGGCCGAGGUGGUCAAGCUGGUCAAGGACGGGCUGGACCUGGUCACGCUGGCGAUCGGCGACGGCGCCAACGACGUCAGCAUGAUCCAGACCGCCGAUAUCGGCGUCGCCAUUUCGGGCGAGGAAGGGCUGCAGGCAGCCAUGGCGUCGGAUUACACGGUUGGGCGGUUCCACUUUUUGCAGAACCUGUUGCUGGUCCACGGGUUGUUCGACUACUUGCGUAUGAGCGAGAUGAUUCUGAGCUUCUUCUACAAGAACGUGAUCUGGGCCAUGGUGCCGUUCUGGUACUCGAUCUACUGCCAGUUCUCGGCUAACGUGUUCUAUGAUCUGUCGUAUCUGCAGCUCUACAACGUGGUGUUCACGGUCGCCCCUGUGAUUAUCCUUGGGUGCGCUGACAAGCCGUUCAACUACAAGACCGCCAUGACCUACGUUGCAGUGUACAUGGACGGCAUCCGCAACCGCUAUUUCAAGUGGUGGCGCUACUACGCGUACUUCAUCGACGGCAUCUACCAGUCGGUGGUCAUCUUCUUCACCUUCUACCUGUUCACGUACAAGUCGACGGUGGCCAACGGGAACGGCAAGGUGUGGGGCAACUCGGACUUCAGCACCGGGCCGACCAUAUCGGUUGUGGUUGCAGCCAGUCUGUGCGUCGGGCUCAACGCGUGGCAGUGGAACUGGAUGAUGGGCUUGGCAGUCGCGUUCUCGAUUGCCGUGUGCUUCGUCUAUAUUGCCAUUGCAUCGCAGUUCAAGUACUUUACUGUCGGCGGCGCUGCCCAGGCGGUGUUUGUCACUAUCGAGUUCUGGUUCGGCCUCGUCAUCUCGGUCGUCGUCGCACUGCUGCCCCGGUACAGUGUCCGGGCAUGGCAGAAGAUGAACAAGCCGCGCGAUCUCGAUAUCAUUAGAGAGAUCAAGGUCAUGCAUCGUCCGUGGUACGGCCAGGUGUUCGUCGAGCCCGACGAGGAGGUGCAGUUCCCGCCGGACCCGCCAAAGAAGCACCGCAAGUGGAUGCCACGCAAAGAUUAG